AAUACCUUAUGGCACAUGUGAGCUGUGGUCGUCUCCUUUUCAAGGCGAGGCUACAUUUAACCUCACUAUCGAAGCUACAGACCAGCUUCACUUUCCAGUCAACAACAGCAUCUAUGUAAACUACAAAGGUUUUACAAAUGCUUCUAUAGACAGCUGCAUAUUAUUCUAUGUGUCAUCAUCCUCAAUGGGAGAGUUUUUGUCCAACAAGUAUUUGCGGUUUGUGAAAGCUCUGGACAGUCUGUUUAACCUACAGGCAUCUAAGACUCAUGUAUUUGGAAUAAAACAUAUUGGCAAUGAAAUCCUUCUAUUGGCUGCAGUUAAAAAUUACAAUGGUCAAUAUCUCAGCCGAGAGGUAGCCAGUGGUAUCUCUGCAGGGCAUAAGAAAUUACUGGAGGCUCAGAGCAAUGUGACGAUUUCUCACAUCACAAGUGAUCCAUGUCUCACCAGCCCUUGUCAAAACAGGGCAACAUGCAACAAGGGCAUUUACAUCAGCCAGGAUGUUGCUGUUCUUGAAAGUUCGGCGGUCAUCUUUGUGUCACCACACAAAGAGAUUUUUAAUUGCACCUGUACAGCCGGAUUCAAAGGGAUACUGUGUGAAGAUGACAUUGACGAAUGUGAGGUGAAUCCCUGUGAGAAUGAAGGCACAUGUGUGAAUACCCAAGGAGGUUUCUACUGUCACUGUCAGAGUGGCUUCUCUGGCUCCUUCUGCUCUACUGAUGGAGAUGAAUGCCGAAAGAUGAAGUGCCAAAAUGGAGGAACUUGUGUUCUCACUGUGGAUGGAUAUCGCUGUCACUGUGUGCCUGGAUUUGAAGGAGAAAUAUGUGAGCAGUUCAUAGACCACUGUAGAUCAGCCCCCUGUGUUCAGGGCAGCUGCAUCAAUUCACAGACAGGAUUCUCUUGUCAUUGCCCCUUUGGAGUCAGUGGAGUCCACUGCGAGGAGCACAGUUAUGGCUUUGAGGAGCUGUCCUUCAUGGAGUUCCCCCCAUUGGAUCGCAGGACUAAUUUAAUCUCUCUAGAGUUUGCAACGGUGCAGAGGAACUCCCUGCUCCUGUACAACCCUGGAGGAUCGUCCAGCAGGGAAUUCUUUGCACUGGAGAUAUUAGAUGGGGCCAUAAAUCUCUCUUAUGACCUGGGCUCAGGACCUGUGAGGCUGCAGACACAAAAGCAAGUGGCAGAUGGAUAUUUUCACAGUGUCACUGUCAGGAGGAUUGGGAAUAUGGGUUCUCUGCAUGUGGACAACUGCACAGAUGUUGAAAACAGUGGAUUUUGUUUUUCACAAAGUGAUGGCAGUAGCUUAAUGAGAACACUAGAUGUUGGCAGUAAUAUGACAUUUGGAGGAACAAGGACUUUUGAAUCUAUUUUACUGCGUCCUGCUCAGAUUAAAACACAUGACUUCAUUGGAUGCAUUCGUAACAUUCAUGUGAAUGGCAUCCUGCUGCGACCUGCAAUGGCCCUUGCAACAUAUAACAUCCUAGAUAGAUGUCCUCGGACAACACCAUCACCAUGUCACAGCAAUCCAUGUAAGAAUGGUGGCAUGUGCCUUGACCUUUGGUCUGACUAUCUUUGCGACUGCAAAAGCCCUUUUACUGGAAGCAACUGCGCUAAAGAAAUGUCAGAGCAGCUUGUGUUGCGAUUUAAUGGCAAUGACUACAUUGAGUAUGUCAUCAAGGAGCGAUUCAAGAGAGAUUACCUGCUGAAGGACUUGCUGGAUGAUGAAAAAAAGGGAAACACCAGAGACCGAAUAGUGAUUAACAUCAAGUUCAAGACCCAGGAUCAUGGAGUGUUAGUAUUUAUUGUUGGACAGACAGGAUACACAGUGCUGAGGAUAAAAGACAGAAAGCCUGUGUACAUUUCCAAAGAUACACUAUCAGGACACCUGUCAGAGUUGACUGUGGACUCUCCUGUAGCUGACGGGGUCUGGCAUGUCCUCUCCUUGUUCAGCAAUGGACAAAACACCUUUCUGGUUCUAGAUGGUAAAUCAGUCUUGAACAUCACUGGCCGCAGUAUGGAUCUCACUCCUGUUAGUGUGGAAAAGAUCAUUUUUGGUGCAGCUCUCACAGAUGAUUCAAAGCUUCAACAGUCAGGAUUCAUUGGCUGUGUGCAGUAUUUCAAAGUGAGCAAUUACACUCUGCCUCUCAGUGGACACAGCAUGAUGGUGGACGUCUACCCGAGCACAACUCUGGUCCAGUCGAACUGCAGCUCUCAUGGUGUCUGCCUCCCCUCGCCCUGUUCUGAGGAGAACACCACGAGGAGGCGUUGUGUCUCAGCACACUGUCAAAAGCGAUGGAGUGCGUGUGGACCUGCCAUGCAGAACAGAUCCUGCAUCUGUUUGUAUAACAUCUCUGACCACACCUGUGAUGUCUGCAUCUCUACAACAGAGAGCAAUGAUCGAUGCUCUGAGGAGCAGGGCAACGCUCCUCUGUGGCUCAUAGCUGUGAUUCUUCCUCUAAUCACCAUUUUGGUUAUUAUAAUAAUGUUUGUCGCCCUUUACAGAGCAAGGCAGCAGACUGUGAAGUGUCAGAGUGGUACCUCGCCACAGAAAACAGAAUAUGGGACAGACAAUGUAGCGUUCUGCUUUGAUGACACUAGAACGCUCACAGAUGCUGCAUCUGCAGAAAAAGAGAAACAACACGACCCAGUGAGUGCUGAUCAGCAGGGGUUAGGUGGGGAAUUUUACGGUGAUGCCGGUUUGUCAAGCGUUCAGCCGGUGCCUGACAGUGAGCUGGAAUAUUAUGAAAUCGGCAGCAUCUCCAGUGCACUACAUUCAGACACUGCCUCGCUAAAGCUGAGCUGGCACAAACAUAUGUACAGCACAAAGUGUGUGAAAGCUGAUCCUAAACGGUGGGGAGAUUUGAGGAUGCUAUUAUCAGGAUUUAAGAAAGAACGCUCCAGUGAGGAGAGGGCAAAAAGUCCUACGAAGCCUCAAGAUGUGGCUCUCCUAAACAAACAGUUGUUGACUAGGAUUGAUGCAGGGCAGACCCAGCAUACACCGCCUUCUUACAAAAGGAGGUUCUUGCAAGCAGACUUCCUGGAACCUGUACAAUGCCUUACUUUUGAAGAGAUUAGUAAACUCAACGCUCCUCAGGAUAAAACAAUGUCACAUCGAGCAUCCCCGAGGUCUGGACCCACCAAGUCCACUAUGAUGACUGGUGCCUCAUCUGACAGUGAAACAGACAGCACAUUCACCUGCUCGGAGUCUGAGUGCGGGCACUUUUCUAUCAGCAGGAAAUGUAUACAUGAUCAGUCAUCCCUGUCAGCAGGCAGCAUCAGACAACAAAGCAACCUGCCUUUCAUCUCAUUUUUGAAGCACACCUGUCACUCUGCUGCAGGUCAGCAUGAAGUUGACAGUGCUCCCUCCGGUAUGUUUGAGCAGUGGGAAAAUAUUUUAAAUAUGCAACUACCUUUUAGCAGCUAUGCUCCCGUCUUUGAGGAUAUAGCAAACCUACCCAAUGACCCCAGUCAUAAUGAUAUGCAGAGUGACAUAGAGGAAAUUAUUUGAUCGUCAUAAUAUAGGUGUUGCUUAUGGGUCAGGUGGAAAAAUAGUUAAUAUAUUUGCAGUCUGUUACUUUAUUUAAAUAACUUUGAUGUAUCAAAACUCAUUAAUGAUAAGUAAUGUCAUGAAAAUUCAUAGUUUUAGUUUGGACUUUGACCACAGUCUAAACAGGCAGUAAAAUGAUGUCUUUGGUGAUGGAUGCUUAAAUCUAUAAAACCCAUGUAAAGACAACCAUGUUUAAUUUAAAUGUCACAUUUAUUAUUCAUAUGUUACUAACUGUUCUAUAUGUCCAGUCUUGUCUGUUUCAUAAGUAACCUGUGCAUUACACGGUACAUGAAUAUUCAGGAUGCUGCAUUUCUUAUGUGAAUUCACAUUUAAAGGUUUUCAGAACUGUCAAAAUUCAAGUUAUGUUUUCAGCCUAAUGUGUCCUGGUGGAGUGUGAAUGGACAAUUACAUGUGGCCUCAGAUUGAACCAUGUGGCCCUUAGAUACAAUGCCGGUUGUCGAUGAAAUUUGCUAUAACAAAACAUAAUGUUGUACAUGUGGUAAAGAGAGAAGACAAGCUAAUAGGUCCCUGAGAGAUCACUCUGUCAACUUAUUGAAUGCAGUGGUCUGUAAUGCUGAAUGUUAAAAUGAAACACUCUGUUGCACAGGUCUGCCUUGGAUCUUUGUGCUCUUUGAUGCUUCAAAAUCCAAGAGAAAUGAUGGUAAAGGUCCUUGAGUCUCCACUGGUUGCCAAGCCUGUUUGUUUUUUUAUCAAAUCAAAUAAAUAAAUUAAGUAAUUCUGUAUGCUGAAAUACUAACCAAUAAAUGUAUUUGCAAUAAGAAAAAUAUUGUGAUGGGUUUGCUGACUGUGCCUGUAUCAUGAUGAUGACCACAAGUCAAGUGACAUGGAUAAAACAUGGUGGGGCAGUGGAGCAGCAAAGCUAAAGGCUAAAAAAAGCAAAGAUAUCAGAAAUACUGGGGGAGACCAGGUGUGACUCUAACAGUUUUUGUCUCAGCACCUAUAACUUGCUGAAUUCUUGUGUUAGAGCUCUCAAAUUUUGGCGUAAAG